UGCCACAGUCUGAAACCGGGACACCCGGAAGGUUGGACCGAGAUUCCUCCAUUGCCCCUUGCACCUUGGCGCCCGUGGCAUGUGGAGCUGUGUUCAGCCUCUGUCCCGAAGGCGGGCUGUGCUGCCUCCCCAAAGUGAAGUCAGGAGCCGCACAUCUGUGAAAGUGCUUAAACGUGUCCGAACAUUUUGCUGGGCGACUGCCAGCACCCUCGGUUAUUUGGACCAGCAGAAGAUGGUGGGGGUGUGGUGGUAGGAGUGGGUGGGACCGCUGGGUGUUACUGAGACCUUUGCUUGCAAAGUGUUUGACAAACACCCACCAUGGGAUGGGGCACGGCAGAUACUGUGUGUGAUGUGAAACAGYGGGCAGUCCUUGUAGCCUCCCCCACCAGCCUGCAGUGUCAUGUGCCAGUAUGAAUAGUAAGAAAGCAAAGCAUACUUCAGAGCUCAGCAUCCCAGAAAGAAAAAAGGAGGAACUAAACAGAGAGAACAAAUGAUUGCUCUGCUUGCAAAACUUGGGGCUGUUCACUUUUUCUCCUGAGAGGCUUCAUCUUGGCCUCUGUGAGGAAGCUGGGAAAGAGCAGCCACAGUGAUUUUCUUAGGGUCUUUUUUACCUUUUUUUAAUUUAAUUUUUUUCUCCUUCGUGCCUGGAUUUCAAGACUGCUGCACUGAUCACAAACACUGGACAUCAAUAUGUGUCAUGUCAUUGUAACGUGCCGGUCGAUGCUGUGGACCCUGCUGAGUAUCGUGGUGGCUUUCGCGGAGCUCAUUGCCUUCAUGAGCGCGGACUGGCUGAUCGGCAAAGCGAAGCCCUCGAGCUCCGAGGAYGGGGACAACAGAACGGGGGGGACGCAGGAGCCCUACCGCCCAACGCUGGGYAUCUACUGGCGCUGCAUCAGGGUGUCCCACAUGCAGCUCUCUCGACGAGACAAGCUUUGUGGCCCUUACGCUGAAAGCUUCAGUGAGAUUGCCAGUGGGUUCUGGCAGGCUACCGCUAUUUUCCUUGCCAUGGGAAUCGUGAUUCUCUGCACCGUGGCGUUGGUGUCUGUCUUUACUAUGUGUGUGCAGAGUAUCAUGAAGAAAAGCAUUUUCAAUGUCUGUGGGCUGCUACAAGGGAUUGCAGGGCUCUUCCUUAUCUUAGGCUUGAUACUUUACCCUGCCGGUUGGGGAUGCACGAAGGCAAGAAACUAUUGUGGAGAUUAUGCUUCUGCUUACAAACUUGGAGACUGCUCCUUAGGCUGGGCUUUCUACACAGCUAUCGGGGGCACUGUUCUGACGUUCAUCUGUGCAGUCUUCUCAGCACAAGCUGAAAUAGCCACAUCCAGUGACAAAGUGCAAGAAGAAAUAGAAGAAGGAAAAAACCUCAUCUGCCUCCUUUAACUCCAGUGGGGGAAAAUACCAGCAUCUGGAUCUGUUUCUGCUUUCCAUUGACUGGGCAAGCAGAUCCAUUUACCUGUUUUUACCAUUUGUGUGAUUGAGCCCCAUGCAUUCCAGCCCUGAACUACUGAAAGGGUCUUUCUUCCUUGCUGGGCAAUGAGGAUCAGAGAAAGGAUCCCAAGAAAGCAGAAUGUAAAUACUUGGGGAUAUUUUUAGUUUCAUUCUGUGAUCAGGACACAGUGGAAUAUAUUAAAUCCAACUGGGGAUGUGAGUAAUCACAUGUAUAUAGCAGGAAUGUUGUUAAAACUGACAAAUUCUGAUUGAUUGGAUUGCCUAACCCACCUUGGUCACUUUGAAGAAUUGGGGUUUAAAAUAAUAAAAACCCACACAUUUUUUUUUUCUUUCCUUAAGCAAAAGAAGCCUAUUUGAAUGAGGCUUUGUUUCCAAGGGCUCCCUUCACUGGUGAAUAUUUCUUCACMAUGACCUGGUUUGGUACCAUUUUCMUGGAGGUGCUUUUUGAUCCUGGAAGCACAGUGCCUUCUUGGAUAUUAACUCUAUGUUGGAGAGAGCAAAGCUGACGUUUACACCAAUCUUUAGGCAUUUAGAAAGUUAAGUUCCUGCAGGGUUGCUCUCUCUUGAAACUUAGAGUUCAAGGUGUGUGCCAUUUGUUACUUAGCAGGUACAUACUUUUUCCACUGACUAGACAGAGAAGCUGUUCUUAGACUGGCUCCCAUCUGAUUCAGAUGAAAUUGAAUUAUUUCAAAAGCUUUUAUUAAAACUUCUGAAAUCCCAAGCRGAUAACAGCUCCCCACAGCACCAGCCUGACCUGGGCUGCAACCUCUCCUACAACUGUGGAUCUCACAUUGUACUUCCARCAGUAUUACCUUUUCUCUCAUCAGUGAAGCAUUGAUCCCAGUCUACAGAUUAAUCUGUCUCAUUACCCAGAUGCACAUAAAUCUUUAGGAAAUUUAAAUUUUUCARAAAGUCUUGACAAAUUCUAUGUGGCUGGGAAGGUUUAUUUCCUUUUUACUUUUUUUUUUUUUGUGCGUAGUAGUAAACUCUUUUUCAACUAAAUCGGCAGAAAUUAAACAGACCUGGCCACAAAUGUCUUUUUUUUUUUUUCUCAAAGCCAGCUGGUUGUGUUAUUUGUGGUGUUGCUUCACUAGAACUACUUCUGAUAUCAAGUUUGUAAGGUGUUUUUGAAAAGAAAGGUAUGAUGCAACUGUGCCAUCGGAGCAUUGGGGAUAAUUCAUCUGAGAAGUAGUUCUAAUGAAACACUUGGAUGAAUUUUAGAUUCCUCUUCUUAGUUCUUGGUAGUUUAACAUCAUCCAGUGAUAAUGUUGCUUCACUGUGUUACACGGAGCAGAGAGUCUUAUUUAUGCCUGGUCAGUCCCUUAAAGUGUGCCUUUAGGUAUUAAAAAAUCGCUGUUACUGUACAGGAAGGUAGGUGCUUUCAAGGCACUGCUCAAGUCCUUCAGAUCACAAGAGCUGUUCAGCARUCCUGACAGCGGGCCCGGGACAGCCUCAAGGAUGGGUGACAGUGUGGAGCUGGGUCCCCAUCCAGCACCUGCUGCACACCACGGAUGCAGAGCAGCUCCCAGCCCACACCUCUGUGCCCACAGCACCUGCAGCCCRAGCUGGACAGAUUCAGGUGACCUCUGACAUGCAGUGCAAACAAGUAAGGUCAACUUCUGCCUAUAUUCCCAAAGGGAUUGUUUCAAUCUAGCCUCUUCUUGCAUUUACCUGCUCCUGCAACGAAAUCCACCAUCUUUUACUUUCAAAAGGCUAACUCAAUUUUCUUUUAAAUAUUAAAUUUAAAUCUUCUGCAAAAGUUGUGGUCUGGGACCAACUGCCUGCACAAAUCAAGAUUUUAACAAAGCAAAAUUACCAGCACAGUGGUGCCUGAAGAUGAAAAUCAGAGCCCACACACUGUGUCCGUACCUGUGUUUGUCUCGGCUUUGUCCCAUGCACAGCCCCCACACCUGAAGGACACGCACUGGGCUUGUACCUGGGGUCCAGCCAGGCAUCCUCCAAGCAUCCUUCCCGAGCCCCUGCUGGAGCAUGCACUGGACCUGGCCACCAGCUCAGCUAUUCCCUGCCCUCGGGGUCCUGCAGUUGGGAAAGAGGGGGUAAGUAGUUGUGUGAGUACCAUAUAAACCAGAUGAAAAUUAAAUACUAAGUAGAUUGAAUUACUAAGUAGAUUUACAGUUUUACCUUCCUUAGGUGGGUAACAAUCUAGUGCCCAGGUCACCACUGCCAACAAAUCUUGACACGCUAUUAGGGUGACAAACGCUUCUUUGGCUUGAGCACUUGAUUAAUCAGAAUCAGGUCAGUUCUUGCAAAGGUAGAGAGAGCAUACAGUGCUCUGGCAGAGCAGUAAACAAUGAGUGACCUUCAUUCGUUACUAGCUGACCUCUGCUGUGAUCCACAUGAUGCUUGUAAGAAUUUCAACAGUACGUUUUGUUUGGGUUUGGUUUUUUUUUUAAGUGCAAAGGAGAUAUUUUCAGUGGCAUGUUUUGCUUUUGUUUGCAUUUGUAACCAAGAAGAACCAGCUUUUCUGCUUGUUGCUGGUAUAUUUUCAGCUUGCUCUGCAACAGCAUAAUAACUAACUUGCAAGAAUAUCCAUGUCCAUCACAUMGUACAGAUAGAAGACAGGCUGGGAAGAAAUAAAGAGGGAAAAUAAUCAGAAUUUCUUUUCUCAGGGUUCUGUUUUUCUAGCAAGUGAUAAGGUGGUGUAUAUUGAGGAUUUUAAAUUUUUUUUUCCUGGAUGAGGUUUUCAGGUGCAGGGUGCACUCAUUAAGUUUCACAGCUGUUUAAAUUGCUCCUGAAGUUCACCUCAGCAGUAGCUUUCAAAGGCACUUUGGGAAAAAGAAAAAAAAAUCAGCUUAAAGCUAAUUUAAUUAAUUUCAUGAGGGGGCUGCAGAGUGUAACUGCUUCUUAAUGUACAUGCACUGCAUAGGAUCUAAAGGAAUUUGCUGUGGAUUCUUUAAAACCUGUGUGCCAAUUAGUUCAGUUUAACUUUGUUUUUGUGGUAUUGAAGAAUUCUUCAGACAUCUGUGGUUUCAUCAACUUUUAAACUUAUAUUCAAUAAAGUGCCAUAGACUUUUUUUUUUCUAAUUUGUAGCAUAUUUAAAUAUAUAUAUAUAUAUAUACACAGAUUUGUGUGAGAUGUGCAAUAUGAGGAAUGGGUUUUGUGGGGGUUUUGGUUGGUUGUGUGGUUUUUUAAAAUUUUAUUUUUUGCUUUUAAACAAGUGAUUUGAAAAGGGACCUCCCAGGGAAGAGGUGGCUGGAAUUUGGUGAUGUGGAAGUAGAGUAAUGCAGUAAAAUCACUGAGGUUGAAGAUCAAUAUAACAGUAGUAACAGCAGCUUGAAGAUUUGACAAAAAUAUUUUCUAGAAUGAUUUUAAUUACUCAAAUCUGUGAAAUACAGAUGCUUCCAGUGUGAAGCUGURUCCACCUCUGGCCAUUAACACUCUAAAAGCUGAAAAGGCUCAGCAAGGUUUCUUAGUGUGCUUUAYUUGUAAUGCAGCACUGCAGAAAACAUUGCUACUGAGCUGUUUCUGGGUUGUCUAUAUUGCUUUAUAUCUWUUUUAGUCAAUAAAGUUCUCUGGAUUUUGAGGUUUUUUUCAGCCAAAUCAUUUCCAUUU